GUGGGGCGGAGAAAGACCCCCCCUCCACAGAUGGGGGGGCAUAGCCAGUGCCCCAGCUUCACAAUGGUAACCCGGGUGACAAACCUGUUUAUAAGACACUCUCCUCUGGCCUUUUGCAAGCUGAAGACACCCUCCCCCUGGCGGUGUAAGGCCACAAUGACAGCGGCUCAGAAAUGCAGCUUCUUCCCGCAGGAACCCUACUAUAUUCCUGGAUAUGGGGGCUUUUACCCUCAGGUCCGCUACCAGGUUGGGAAACCAUACGGCAGAAUCACCUCUGAGCUGCUGACCAACCCUGAGGUCCAGAAGAGCCCGUGCUCCGUGCUCACCCCCCUGAUCAGGCCAAAGUUCAUUGAGGAUUUCAGCUGUCGGGACCCCCCUUGCCAUGAGAUGAUGGAUCAGUACCAAAGCUACAUCCCUGGAUACACAGGCUUUGUCCCCUACUAUGGUUGCUUUCCUAUUCCAGGCAGAGAGCCCAAGCCCCCCCUGCCAAGGUCCAGCCUCCCAGCUGAUCCCCAGACGCGGACAAGUGCCAGCUCAGUGCAGCUGCUCGCCCAGAGGAAAUACACACCCUGUCAUCCCGGCAUCAGGCUGGCCUGCGGGCCCGGAUGGAGACAAUUCGCAUCCACGGCUGGCUCACAGCUGAUGUCAGCCCAGGGCGACCGGAAGGUGCUGUGCCACCCAGACAUCUCCCUGGUGUGUGGCCAGGAGAGCCGAGGGCCUUGCGACACCGGCAUGUCGUUGGUGUGUGGGCAGGGCUGGAGGGGCACCCCUUGCCUCACGAGGACCGAUCAGCCAACCAGGAUUGAGGGAGCGCCCCUCCCACCGGCAACAGAGACUGUGGAUGUGAGGCGCUUCGGCCGGACCCCCAAGAUGGACAUGCCCAACCUCAUCCAGAGAAAAGCCGUCUCAGGGUACACCGGAUUCAUCCCACGCUUCACGUGGAUUAUGGGGGUCAACUACCUGAAGGGAGUAAAAGAGGCAAUGAACGAGUUCGACAGAAACCAGGGAAUGCUGAGAAGCCCACUGUACAGCUUUGGCAAGCGACUGCCAUGCACCUACUGGCCCAACACCAAGAUUUACACUAGCAGGGGCCUGAUGCCUUUCUACACUGGGUUUGUGCCAACCAUCAGGCACAAUUACACUCUAACCUUUGGAAACAGCACAAGGCAAGCGUACUACGAUGAACUACAGCGGAGACAACAUGAAGGGUGAAAAAGCUUUUAAUGUCUGUACAGCAGCAGACAGAAGGUGACAUCAGGCAGAACAAAGAAAUGGAGAACAAGUGUGGAAUGAAUAAAGUUCCUUACAGCUUUAAACAUAAUUUACAGGUGUUAAAGGCGAAGGCCUUAAGCUGCUUCCUCCUCUGCCUCUUCCUCAAACUCGCCCUCCUCCUCAGCUGUGGCGUCCUGGUACUGCUGGUAUUCUGACACCAGGUCAUUCAUGUUGCUCUCUGCCUCUGUGAACUCCAUCUCAUCCAUGCCCUCCCCGGUGUACCAGUGCAAGAAGGCCUUCCGGCGGAACAUGGCUGUGAACUGCUCCGAGAUGCGUUUAAACAGCUCUUGGAUGGCAGUGCUGUUGCCAAUGAAAGUGGCAGACAUCUUGAGGCCGCGGGGAGGGAUGUCGCAAACAGCCGUCUUCACGUUGUUGGGGAUCCACUCCACAAAGUAGCUGCUGUUCUUGUUCUGCACAUUCAGCAUCUGCUCAUCCACUUCCUUCAUGGACAUGCGCCCCCGGAAGACAGCAGCUACGGUGAGGUAUCGCCCAUGGCGGGGGUCACACGCAGCCAUCAUGUUCUUGGCAUCAAACAUCUGUUGGGUGAGCUCUGGCACCGUCAGCGCGCGGUACUGCUGGCUCCCGCGGCUCGUGAGAGGGGCAAAACCGGGCAUGAAGAAGUGCAGGCGAGGGAAGGGGACCAUGUUGACUGCCAGUUUGCGCAGGUCAGCAUUGAGCUGGCCUGGGAAGCGCAGGCAAGUGGUCACUCCACUCAUGGUUGCAGACACCAAGUGGUUCAGGUCUCCGUAAGUGGGGGUGGUCAGCUUCAGCGUUCUGAAGCAAAUGUCGUAGAGCGCCUCGUUGUCAAUGCAGUAUGUCUCGUCCGUGUUCUCCACCAGCUGGUGCACAGAAAGAGUGGCGUUGUAGGGCUCGACUACAGUGUCCGACACUUUGGGGGAGGGGACCACGCUGAAAGUGUUCAUGAUUCUGUCUGGGUACUCUUCACGGAUCUUGCUGAUCAGAAGGGUACCCAUACCAGAACCAGUGCCGCCUCCCAGGGAAUGGGUGAGCUGGAAGCCCUGGAGACAGUCACAACUUUCUGCUUCCUUCCUGACAACAUCGAGGACAGAGUCAACCAAUUCAGCCCCCUCUGUGUAGUGGCCCUUGGCCCAGUUAUUACCUGCUCCACUCUGACC